GUGUAGCAAGAUAAGAAUUUUUAUUUCUGGCGAGUCCAGUUCGUUUUUGUAGUCUGUUUCUUCAUCUACGGUAUCUUUCGUUUGAAGUACAAGUGUGUGAUAUUGCCUCAAGCAUGGCGUCAUCGGAUACUGCAGACAAUCCUCCAUCAAAAGAGACUGCUUGUCUAAGUGCUGCUCGCGCGUUCAAAGAUGAAGGCAACGCUCUCUUUGGAAAUGGUCAAAUAGGAAAGGCUAUGCGCAAGUAUCAUGUUGCCCUUAUCCAGGUGAAAGGUGUGGAGCACCUGGGCUCUCUGGGUUCGAAUGUACUUAUUGCUAGUAUAGUGCCUGGGGCGGAGGAUGUCGAUAAGGACACUCUGCACCAUUUGGCAAAGCUAAAGCGCCAAGCUGACAUCUCUAUCCGCUUACCUUGCUACAACAAUUUAUCAGCUUGUAUGCUGAAGCUGGAGGAUUGGCCGAAGGCGAUUUCCUUUGCUUCCCAGGCACUGGCACUGGAUGUGGACAAUGUCAAGGCCCUAUUCCGUCGUGGUCAAGCAUACUAUUUUGAUCGUGACUUUGGGCGUGCAAAGCAAGAUCUUCAGACUGUGUUGGGACUUGAUCCAGACAACAAAGCAGCCCAGCAACACCUUGCCAUGGUUGAGGUGCAGCUUAGUGAAGGUGAAAAGAAAGAGCGGAAGAUGUGCCAGGCAAUGUUUGGUUCCUGAUGGUUUAUCUGCCGGUAGCUGAUGCAAUGGUGCAAAGAGUUUCUGAAGUAAUUAUGAACACGAGUACGUUGCUUGCCAAGGGGAGUACGGAACACUGACGCUUCAGCAUGGCUCACAGCUACUCCUGAAGCCCACCAUGGUCCUGGCGCCAAGAUACAGACGAGCGAGAAAGGAGAUGGUUUCCGCAUAUCUGGUGCUGCCGCCUGGUGUUCCUAACAUCAGCUUGCAGAAUCUUAAUGCUUCUCUGAUGGCUAAGAUGCCUGGCUUGACAGGAGAGACAGAGGACACUACAAGCAUGAGCAAAGUGUAGAUAUCUCUACUUGCUGUACGUGUACAUGUAGGCACACUAGCACGACCAGUGUUUACGAGAGAUAUACUUGCAAGGCGAAGAUGAACAUGUACUUGUUCAGUUCUACUUUUUAUUUUGUUUGGAGUGAGUUGAGCA